AUGGUUCCUCUGAAGCGUUCAGUUGCACUUUCAUACAUGCUGAGUAUUUGGACUUUGGGAUUUGCUAAAAGCUGUGGUAAGCAACAGACUUUGAUCAACGGACUGUGCUGUGACCAGUGUCCUCCAGGUAAUUAUGUUAAGAAAUUCUGCACUGAAAAUAAGACUGUCUGUAGCCCCUGUCCUGAGGACUACUUCUCGGACGACUUCAAUAGCUUUGACAGAUGUGAGGAAUGCCAGCGAUGCCAACAAGACUAUGCUGAGAAAUGUACAUCAACCACAAAUGCACGUUGUUCGUGUGGCAAAGGUUUCCUGUGCUCUAACAAUAAGUGUUUAACAUGUGAGAAAAAUAAGUGCGUCUUGGGGGAGACAGUGAAAAGGACAGACAAUCCAGCAGUUGGUGGCUUGAUUAAGUAUUCCUACAUGUGCAUAGCAUGUCCUGCUCAUGAAUAUUUCGAUGUGAAAGAGGAAACCUGCAAGCCCAGGACACGAUGCAGUACAUCUGGACUUGCUGAACAGUUUCCAGGAAACAAAACCCACAACUCAGUCUGUAUAGUGCAUGGACAGAUGCUCAGCAGAAGUGGAGACUCCACACAUAUAAUACUUAGCAUCAGCUUCCUGCUGCUCUCUCUCUGCUUCAUUGUGUUUCUGUCCACUGUGUUUGUAAAGAAUCAGAGGAAGCAUAAACCAAGUAAGUAA